AUGGAAGGAGAGCCAGAUGCAGAGCAGGGAGCUGCAGAGCAGAUGCACAGCCAGAGGCAAGCAGAGGAGGAUGGAUGGAUGCUCUGGCAGGGAGGACAGGUUAGGAACACGCUGCACCUGGUGUCUGCUGUGGCUCAGUGGAUUUUACUGCUUGCCUGCCUGAUUUACCUGGGCAUCGAUUUUCUGCAGCCCUCAACGGUAAGACGGGACAAAGUGCUGUGGACCCACAUCCGGUACACAGGCGGGAGCACCAGAGGAGUAGCCGUGAACCUCACAGCCGAGUCGGGCUUCAUGCAGAUCAGGAACGGCUCCAUCCUGAUCCCCUGCGACGGCCUCUACCUCGUGUCCCUGAAAAGCUUCAUCUACCUCCCGAAAGGGGAGGACUGGCUGAAGCUGACCCUGCAGGGGACACACAAGACGAUCAGCAGCACCCUGUGGGACCAGUUUGUGCAUAGCAAUGACAGCAGGGUGAACCUCACCACGGUGCUCUACCUGUUCAGGGAGGACAGCAUCACUCUGUGGACUGACUGCAACGCCAACAUCUCAGAUCUGACCUUCAGCCUGGUGUUAAUCGCUGACAACGACUGCGGGAGCACCAGAGGAGUAGCCGUGAACCUCACAGCCGAGUCGGGCUUCAUGCAGAUCAGGAAUGGCUCCAUCCUGAUCCCCUGCGACGGCCUCUACCUCGUGUCCCUGAAAAGCUUCAUCUACCUCCCGAAAGGGGAGGACUGGCUGAAGCUGACCCUGCAGGGGACACACAAGACGAUCAGCAGCACCCUGUGGGACCAGUUUGUGCAUAGCAAUGACAGCAGGGUGAACCUCACCACGGUGCUCUACCUGUUCAGGGAGGACAGCAUCACUCUGUGGACUGACUGCAACGCCAACAUCUCAGAUCUGACCUUCAGCCUGGUGUUAAUCGCUGACAACGACUGCUAG